CUUGUCACUUUUCUAAAACAUCUGCGAACACUCAAAAUCCAACUGUUGAAGAAGAGCACUGAGAAAGUCGGAAAAUUGAUAUAGACCAAACGAGACUCCAACAAAACCAUCUUCCUUUCUGGAAGCCGGAAGCGUUGAAUUGAGUAUCUAUGUCUGGUUCUAGAGGCUUCUGGGAUUUUUUCUUUGUGCUUUUGAGAUUUUGCUCUGCUUUUAAACGGAGAAACCCUUUUCUCUAUUCGUGGUUCCUAACAUAAUCACAACCCAAGGACGAUGAUGCAUUCGACGGUGCAGCAUGGUGGGAACAAGAGUGGCAAGUCCAAUGUAUGGGCUAACACUAAUUUGGCAAAGACAGUGGCAGCGUUAGAUGAGUUCAAAUUUGGAUUCCCAUCAGGCGGGUUAACAACUGUGUCAAACAAAUGGUGGGGAAGGCCAGAGAAAGGCGGACGCCAAGAUGUUGGAGGAGAGAAUACUGAAUAUGGAGAUGGAGAUGUCAAGGACGAAGCAGCUUCUCAUACGCAAAAUUCUUUGGUGGCUAUUAGGAAAAGAAUAGCGGAAGAAGGAAGAGAAGCUGUUGAACUUGGUCUGCAUAAAGGAUUUUGUUCAAAAAGACCAGACAAGAGAGAUCAAGCUUUACUGUUUCAGAUUUUCAACGCUGCACUGCCAAAGGAUUGGGUUACUGAUUCUUCUUAAAUUCGUAUUCUAGGUUAGAACAGAGUUCCCUCUUAACAAUUAUGCUCUCUUAUAUGUAAUCCGCAAGUUCUUCAACUCCUGCAAACUAUAUGUAUUAUGUUUGUAAUCGAAAGGGUGAAUAACUUUCUGUAGCA